GUUUUCCAAUCAGUUUUUGCGGAACCUUUACCAACAACGGUACCUAUUCAUUAACAAUCUACCUGAUUUACCUAUUAAUUAUUUUGCGCUCUACUGUUGUGUUUACGCUCGUGUUUAGUGAUCUUAUUCUUCCGCAAUAAUGGAUAACUUCUCGAAUUAUUCUGAUGAAGGGCAAACCGAGGGGCAAACGUUUGCUGAUUUUGUUAAUGAAACCACAACUGCGGCUAAUAUGUCACUGGGAGAAGUGAUUGAGGCGGAAUCCCACCAAGUUAUGACAGUCGUCCUUUUUGUGAUUUCAGCAGUCAUGUUUAUUGUACUGAUAUUUAUAUCAGCUGUAUUCAUGGACUGCAGACAACAGAGAAUUAAUAAUACGCAACCCAGACGCUUCCAACGAGCACGCCGCAGGUUCCACAGAACAUUUCCAUCCCUCCCUAAAAUAGGAGAUACGGCACGUAAGGGCGACGAAGAUGCCAUUGUCGAGAAUAUGGAACCAACUUCAUCGACCGCCACAGUGGGAAAAAUGGAGCCCUCAACAUCAACUGCAGUUGAAAUGGGGGAGCCAUCAUCAGUUUGAGAUAAAAUAACCAAAGCAUAUAAAUAUGCGAGCUAAAGCUCGUUAUGCCAUAUUUAAUCAAAUUAGUGUUUUGAAUAGCUAGAUAAUAUUUUAGCCUCAAUUUGAACAGGUACCCAUUUUCAAUUAGUUCUUAUCAGUUUGAACUUUUAAAUAUUACUUAAAUAUGUAUUUGGUUUAUAUAAUAUAAAGUGAAAAAUAAUAAUGCAUACAAAAUAAAGCAGAGUUUUUUAUUGGGUGCCAAAUUGCACAUUAAUUAAGUUACCUACAGUAUUAUCAAGCUAUUCUAUUUAAUCUCUCUUUGUAAAUACGUUAUAUUAUUUGUUUUAUGUGAUGUUUACUGUUCAGUAUUUUAAUUUUUAUAAGUAAUAUAAUUUUAUCACUACAA